AUGCCUCCGCCACCUCGUGGCUGGCCGCCUGUACUUGAUACGCGCGAACCUGAACGCCAUCUGUGGAUCGACGGCGCGUAUGGCAGUAUCCGGUCCAAUUCCCAAGUUCUGGGUCUCAAUUCUGCUCCCAUUGAAUCCUCAGAUCGGGGUCCUCUUGAGCCCGGUGGGGCUGACCAAAAUUCCAGUCCCACCGCAUUCCGGGGCGCACAAGUUUGCUGCCGUCGAAUUGGCCAUCGUCCUCCCGGACCCUACGAUUUCUGCUCUUAG